AUGCCCACCGAGUUGGAAGAGUUGCUCGAGUUUUUACAUCAUGGAAACACUCAGAUUCGACAACUUGAUCCGGCAGUCUUCAAAAAGCCUCAACUCGUCCCUGUGAGAGACCUGAAACUGCUCGUUAAGGACUAUACGCCCAUAGCUAAGAAUGCUCUCACAAUUUUGAUCAACAUCAGUCAUGACACUGAAAUCCUCGAGAACCUGGUGGCAGACGAUGAACUUAUUGAAACCUUGCUCAGAAAGAUAACAGACCCAAAGGAGCAAACUGCUGACGAAAUUGCCAUGCUCCUCUCUAACCUCGCUAAAAAAGACGACAUGGAGAAGUUGAUCAAUCUCAAACGAGCCUUGCCCGUCAAAACAGUCUCUACAUCCCCCUAUGCCCUCGAUCAACUGCUUGACUGCUUUGUGAAAGGGGCCGAUGGGUCUCUCAACAAACACGCAAACUUCGACUAUGUGGCAUAUCUCUUGGCCGACUUGUCAAAACACAAAGUGGGCCGGGAUUAUUUUCUGAGCAAGAGGGAUUAUGAUGGUGUGGUGCCCAUAAGCAAACUAACAGUCUUUACAGAGCACAAAAGCCACAUUCGGCGGAGAGGGGUGGCCAGUACAAUCAAGAAUGUUGCCUUUGAAGUGGACAAGCAUCCUUUGCUUCUGGCUGACGACACCGAAACCGUGGACGGAGUUCCUGGCGUCAACAUAUUACCUUACAUCCUGCUACCACUUGCUGGAUCAGAAGAGUUCCCAGAAGAAGAGUCAGCAAACAUGCUCCCAGAUUUGCAACUCCUGCCACCCGAUAAGGCUAGGGACAGCGACAACGACAUUCUUACAACCCAUCUCGAAACCUUGUUGCUGCUAACCACGACGAAGGAAGGACGGGAAAAGUUGAGACAAGUGCAGGUUUAUCCGCUGAUUAGAGAGACGCAUACGCACGUCGAAGAUGAGGGCGUUAGGGAGGCUUGUGACCGACUAGUGCAAGUACUCAUGAGAGAUGAGGAAGAGAGGCCAAAGGUCGAAGAGGUUGACGAAGAAGAAAAGAUAGAAGAGAUAUUUUGA